AUGUCGGUGCAAGGUGAGUUCCUGUCCUGGCCCACCCUUCUAAAACUGUCAGACCACGGGGCCCUACGCUCAACUAGCGUGAAGAUGGCAGACACCGAGGAGUUUGUGGAUGCUGAUAUCUUCCCAGAGUGCCCCGUGCAGGGGGGGUCAGCUGCUGCUGUCAGGGGGGAGCAGGAGGAGCCCCUUAAAACAGAGACCACCAGCUCUCCGCCAGGAGAAAAGGAGGGGGACAGCCCCCUGCAGACAGAGGGUGAGCCCAGCCUUCUCUCCAUGCCCUGCCUCAUGAAAGAGCUGAGGAGAAACUCCCAUGAGUCCCAGCAUGCCUCCACCGGCAGCGACAAGCCCACCUCGGGCCGUGCCUACGAGAGCGACUCCUCCAACCCCUGCAUGCUCUCGCCCUCCUCCAGCGGCCACCUGGCCGACUCAGACACACUCUCCUCUGGUGAGGAGAGAUCCGCCUCACGUGCGACAGUGGAUGGGGGCUCCAUGGAGCCCGGGGCCGACACCAGACUUGCAGCAGGGGGUCAAAUAUCUGCAUCAAGUGGGCGAAAGUCCCGGCGUUCACGUUCUGAAAGCGAGAUGUCCACCAACACAAUGGCAGCCAAGAAAAACCGCUGCCAGCCCGCUGUGGUGGGAGGAGCAGGCAGCGAGAAGCAGACCAAUGGCCGGCUGGCUAAAGUCAAAGGUCACCGGAGCCAAAAGCACAAGGAGCGGAUUCGUCUGUUGAGGCAGAAGCGUGAGGCGGCAGCGAGGAAGAAAUACAACCUGCUGCAGGACAGUAGUACGAGCGACAGUGACCUCACCUGUGACUCCAGCACCAGCUCCUCUGAAGACGACGACGAGACAUCAGGCGGCAAGACAAUCACCACAGACAUCCCAGACGGGACUCCCAUAGUGGGCCGCUAUGAUAUUUCAGACACUGAUUCUAACCAGGAGAGCUUAAGUGUGACUGUGGAGCGAGUGCGCCGGACCACCGUGAUAACACACGAAAGGCUAAAAACACACAGGGACCAGGAUAUGGCAGCAAACACUGGGGCAGUAAGAGUACAGCAUCUGUGCUCUCGCUCAGCAGGUCACAUGGAGGCAGAGCUGGCCCACAGGGAACCCCCUCAGCACAAGGGUCACAUCAACAUCCCCUCCUCAGACAGUGAGGUAGAAAUUGUAGGAGUGCAAGAAAACACAAGAUGUGCCCAUCCUCGGGGCGGGGUAAUUCAGAGCCUGUCCUCUGCCUGGAAGCCCAACUCAGUGGAGCAGUUCAACAACAGCACAAGGCAAUCCUCCCAGCUCUGGACUACCGUGUCCCCACAGCCCAACUGGGUGUCCCCUCCAGAGGUAGUGGACCUCACUUUGGACGAGGACACCAGACACAAAUACCUACUCUGAGCAACUCAUGCACUGAAGACUUCCUUACUCCCCUCUCCUCCUCCUCCUCCUCCAGCCUCUCCCCACCACAGCAAAGGCCCCUCCUGAGUGUUAGAGCCACCACCUGUGACUCAUGGGCUGCGUCUCAAAUGACACCCUAUUCCCUAUAUAGCGCACUAUUCUCUAUACCGCAUAGGGCUCUGGUCAAAUGAAGUGCGCUAAAUAGGGAGUAUGUUGUCAUUUGAGACGCAGCCCCAUGGACUCUUCCUCUGAUGUUAUUAACCUACUGUAGAACCUUGUAUCAAAACCAUUUUAACUAAGAUGAUUCCCUGAUCAUGGAUUUAAAAUACAUAAUCAAGAGGGCAAGACACUAGUGUAGAUUGGAUCAUACAGAGGUGUUACAGUAAAACACAUAGCAAUAUUCUCCCUGUCCUGGACCUCAUUGAUCAUAAAGACUGUUGUCCGUACGUAGGUAGGCACUGUGUUCUGUCUGUCCGCUAGCUGUAACAUAAGACUUAAAGCUGCUGCAUGAGGGUGGGGCAGUAUCAGUGGCUCAAAUCUGCUGCACUACAGACUGGUGUCCUAUUCUCCGACUGACUGGACUGGGCUUUCAGUCGAUACUAAACGGCAGCUGGUACACUUUCUGCAGCACGAUAUGCCCGCCUGUGACGGAGCUUUGGUGGCUUGACUUGACCUGCUCCAUACUCUAGUGAAGAUGUCACUUUUAGAUAUAUGUUAAGAUUUUAACACUGGCUCUACCCUCACUGGUCAAACUACAUUGAUAAUGUUAGUUUUACCCUAUUGUGCUUAAAGAAGGCGAUACAAAAAAAAGGAAUAUAUAUAUAUAUAUAUAUAUAUAUACAGAGCCUUGC